AUGCAGCAACAAGAUGGGGAAUAUCAAACGAGAGCAAAGCAGGAGAAGCAUAUGAGUUUUCAAUUGCAGUUCAGAGCCUCAAUUUGUCUGGAACGGACAAUGGCUACACAUAAACGAGAACUACCAAUUGUUAAGGUGCUUCACCUGAUGAUCUUGUUCUUUCUGAGUGCUGCGGAAAAGGACUGUGAAAUUAAAUGUCCUUACAAGAACAAGGAUGCCAUGCUGGUUACUGCUGCAAAGGACCCCAGUUGCUCUUUUAAAUAAGAUAAGGUUGAUCUGUGCUUGCAUUGUUCAUCCUUAUUACUAUUAAGUACAAUGCCAGUUGUUUGUAACUGGAGUGGAGUACUUAUUGUCUGGAUUACAAAGGACAUGUUCGUUCAGCAAGUGUUGCCUGACACUGAGUUUUGGGACAGAGUGUUGACAAUGGCAAUACUCUCCUACAAGACAGGAUUUCUCUCAGAGAGUUUAGGUCAAUGGUACACACAUUCCAGUGCUCAGCCACAUCUCACUGAACACCAUAAAAAGAGAGCAAUGAAGAUGGACCCUUAUACUACUGCCAACAGCUAA